AAUUUCUAUAUGAUUGGUUGGAAUGGUAAUAGAGUGUAUAGAGUACUAAAGAUAGACCGUUUUGAUGCAUCUGAGAUUACUCUGAGGAUUCCACUGCCUAUACCAAAAAAGAAUGCUACGAGUUGCUUAAACGGAUACACGAAGACAACAAGGCCACAUGCAGCCUCAAACUGUCUCAGGGUUCACUAAGUUUUGGGGACCAUACUACAUGUGGUCACAGGGUCUAUGAAGUGUCGAAGAGUGAGAUAAUUUCUUUGCGUAAUUCUUGCGUGCUUUCCAACAUUGCAAAUUCAAGAGAGGUACAAGAAGCUCCUGUGUAUGGUGGACCUUACAAAGAACUUCUUUUUCAGCUAUUAUUUCAGUAUAAUGCGUAGUUUCCAUGAGAAUAUAUGUGACCAUGAGAGUGGUGAUAUUCUCUAUAAGAAAAUGUUUGUGUGGUACGUGUUCUUGACUCGGGGAAUUCAACAUCAUCUUUAGAAUACCGUCUGGACUGUAGCAUUUGUAUAUGAUUUCUCUAAGCAUGUAUGAAUCGGAUAUAUAUUUUCUGCUCCU